AAAUAACUAACAGUAAUCAUAUUAUUAUUAGUAUUAGUAGUAUUAUUAGUAGUAUUGUUAUUACCAUUGAAAAGUGUUAAUGAAGAAUUAUUUGAUUAGUACAAUGAAAUUUAAACAACAUCUAGAAAGUGAUCUAACACAAUCGAAUAGUAAACAAAUAAUCAUGGAACCAAUUCAACGAAUAUCUGGUAUCCUAUUUUAUAUUAAGGCUAGUGGUAUAGCUUUGAUGCAAUUAAUCAUUAUAUGGGGAAUGAAUACUACUGUAAUAUUAGUUAAUACAUUCAAGGAAUGGUUACAAUCUACAAACUGGUUUGUUGGAUUGUUUUUCUUUUUGGGACUCUUUAUUGAUUUGGAAAUCAUUCUAAUGCCACGAGUACAAUUUAUUUUUCCAUUGAAUUAUAUACUAUUGAUAUUCAAUUCGAUAAUUCUUUCAAUUCCAGUUUCAAGGCUACUAUGUGAAUUGCAAACGUUAUGGAUUCCAUGUAGUUGGGUUAUUACAUUGGGAAUUACAUUGCUGACUAUAAUAUUUGGCAAAUUAAUACGUUUCGAUAUACAAACAUCAUUGAAUAUAUUCCUUACUGUUAUAUUCACUUUACAAGCAGUAGUUUAUAUUGCUAUGAUUAUAUUAAAUUAUUAUGGUUACUUUGAUGUCAUUCUGAUUAUUUCUGGAUCAGGAAUGCUAUUGACAAUCAUUUAUGAAUUGGCAAUUGCAACUCAAGCAAUUUAUCCAGGUGAUAAACGAUUCAUAUUUCGUGAUAAUCAAUAUUUUCUAUGUGGAUUAGUCCUUGCAACUAUAAUGAUUUGGAUGAAUAUGAUUAUUUCAAGUGAAAUAUUACUUAUAUACAAUGUAUUCAAUAAUACAAAACAAUAUAUUUGAGAGAAACAAAUGGAUAUAUACCUAUGACUUGUCUAUACACAUUCACUGUUCAUUGUCUGAGUGUUUAUAGUGUCGGUUGCUAUGUUAAGCCCACAGAUCUUAUUCUAGCUUUCGGACAGACUAAUCUAUUCAUUCAUCUUUUGCUACAUUUUGACUUUGUUAAUUAUUCACUUAUCAAACUUGACUGUUUUUAUAUGAGCAUAUUUAUGUGUGCUCUUCUUAUCCUAUUCAUCCCAUGUCUGUAGCUUAUUGUUGUGUGACUAUCAUGAAUAAUGAACGCUUGAAUAAAUGGGAGGUGGCUCACAUGCCUUCUCUACUGCGCGUCCUUUCGUUUAACUUCGCUACGUUUUUGAGUAUCUGCUCAGAUCAGUGAUUGUACGAAAUAUAUGUAUUUAAGAC